UCUUGCCACCUGAAGCUCGGUCGUCGUCAGAAGGCGAACGUUCUAGGGUAUCACGAAGAAGGCGAGCGUUUCUCAAUUUCUUGACGACCUGCAAUCCGAAUAUCACGAAGAUUGUGACAAUGUGAGAGUUUGAGUGUAUGAAACAAUCAGGUUAUGGUUAAGGUUUGAAGCGAUGGCAAAUCGAACGGAUCCCACCGCUCGAAGCGUUCACGGAACGAAUCCGCAAAACCUCGUGGAGAAGAUUUUGCGGUCGAAGAUUUACCAGAAUACGUACUGGAAGGAGCAAUGUUUCGGUCUCACUGCGGAAACUUUGGUCGACAAGGCCAUGGAGCUGGACCACUUCGGGGGCACAUUCGGAGGCAACAGGAAGGCCACACCUUUCAUGUGCUUGAUUUUGAAAAUGCUGCAGAUUCAACCGGAGAAAGAGAUCGUUGUCGAGUUCAUAAAGAACGAGGACUACAAAUAUGUGCGAAUUUUAGGUGGUUUCUACCUCCGACUAGUCGGUAAACCGACCGAUGUGUAUCAUUAUUUGGAACCGCUGUACAAUGACUACCGAAAGCUACGUCGGAAGAAUGCUGAUGGAAGCUUUUCCUUGGAUCACGUUGAUGAGUUUAUCGACGAGCUACUUACAAAGGACUACAGCUGCGACAUUGCCUUACCUCGUGUUCCUAAGAGGUGGACUCUCGAAGGCAGCGGCACUCUCGAGCCGAGGAGGAGUGCACUUGAAGAUGAUUUUGAAGAGGAAGAGGAGAAGGAAGAGGAGGAACCUGCUGCUGGAGCCGUAGAACAGGCUGAAUAUGAGAAAGAACGUAGGAGGAGCCGAAGUCCUGUGAAGGAAAGAGACAGGGAGAAAGAGAGGGAUCGUGAUCGAUAUCGUGAUUACAGGGACCGGGACAGAGACAGAGACAGGGAUAGAGAUAGAGACCGAGACAGAGAUCGUGAUAGGGACAGGGAUCGGGAUAGGGAUUAUUACAGAGAACGUGAACGGGACAAAGACAGGGAUUUGCACAGGGAAAGGGACAGAGAUAAGGAAAGAGAUUACUACAGACGGGAUAGGGAUCGAGAUCGCGAUAGACACAGAGAUCGUGACAGGAGGAGGAACUCUCGUAGUCGAAGCAGAAGUAGAGAAAGAAGAGAUAGGGACCGUGAUGUGCGCUCGAUUUCACCUGUGGAUCGAAAGAAGAGAUAUCGCACACCAACCCCACCCCCUAACCGCAGGAGGCGCGCUGACGAUGAUGGGCCUUUGGAAGAAGGUGAGCACAGAGUGGGAGUGGGCAAAGAGGACGACGACAAGAGGAAGAAGAGGAGAGACAAGAAAGACAAGCCUCCCGACAAGGACAAGAAGGAACCGGUUACGGAUGGUACAGAUCAUCCGGACCCUGAAAUUGCUGAGGCAAAUCGCUUACGUGCAGCAUUGGGUUUGAAGCCACUCAGAGUUUAGAGGUAUAUCUUAUUCAGGCCGAAGGUUAGAGCACCUUUUUUUAUCGUGGUAUCGACAGUUAGUGGAAACCACAUUAUGUAGCGGACUCCUGUGUAAAUUUUUUGCCUUGUGAAUACCAAGAGGAUGAUAGUAGCAUGGUGUUACCC